UUGAAGUUAUUAAUCAGUUAACCUACAAAAAUUAUAUGUCAGAAAUAGAUGUUUGAUACUUAAAGAAAUACCGAAAGUUCACUUCACUUUUAAAAUAAAAUGAAGAAGGUUGCAAAAAACAGUGUUUUGAUGGAAAGGUUGCACAAAGGGUUUGUGUUAACUUGCUUGGGAAUUACAAUUUAUGGUAUGACUGAAAUGGGAAUGAGGUGGUACCGAUACUUUACUGUGCUUAGGCCCCAAAUCAAAGAGAAGGAACGUUUAGAUAAACUUCAACUGUUGGCCGAAGGCAGUUCAGAUGUACUGAUUGACACUGCAGCAAAUUUGAAAAUGUAGAUUAUGUUUAAAAACCAAUUGUAUUGUAAAGUGUAAAGAAAAGAU